AUGGACUCGCUCACCACCCACCCCUCAAACGCCACUCAGGCUCGUGCCUUCACCUCUCCUUCCUCGCUUUCCUUCCCGGGUGGUGCUGGAGACCUGACCCCUCCCAACUCUGAGAAAGAGGUCAUGGCUCAGGGUGCGACUGGUGCGACUGGUGCGAAUGGUCAGCCUGCUGGAGGGAAUGCCGUCACUGGCAAUGGGGUGACUCCCGCUACUCCGGCGACUCCGGCUGCAACUCCUGGUGCGACCACGGGCAGCAGUGGCAUUGUGCCCACCUUGCAAAACAUCGUUGCCACCGUCAAUCUGGACUGCCGUCUGGAUCUGAAGACCAUCGCGCUGCAUGCUCGCAAUGCCGAGUACAACCCCAAGCGUUUCGCUGCCGUUAUCAUGCGUAUCCGUGAGCCCAAGACCACUGCGUUGAUCUUCGCCUCGGGCAAGAUGGUCGUCACCGGUGCCAAGUCCGAGGAUGACUCCAAGCUGGCCUCGCGCAAGUACGCUCGCAUCAUCCAGAAGCUUGGCUUCAAUGCCAAGUUCACGGACUUCAAGAUCCAGAACAUCGUCGGCUCCUGUGACAUCAAGUUCCCCAUCCGUCUGGAGGGUCUGGCCAGUCGCCACCACAACUUCAGUUCCUACGAGCCCGAGCUGUUCCCUGGUCUGAUCUACCGCAUGAUGAAGCCCAAGAUUGUUCUCCUGAUCUUCGUCAGUGGCAAGAUUGUCCUGACUGGUGCGAAAGUGCGUGAGGAGAUCUACCAGGCCUUUGAGCUGAUCUAUCCUGUGCUGUCUGGUAGGUGA